AUGAAUCAGGCCGCUCUGUACCAGCACGCCAACCAGGUGCAAAGGCACGAUGCCAAGCUGAUUCUGGACGAGUUUGCCUCCACCUUGCAGUGGCGAUCCGAUGGCGAGGAUGCCCUCCUGGACGUGGGCUCAGGUUCCGGUAACGUGCUCAUGGACUUCGUGAGGCCACUGCUGCCCAUUCGUGGACAGCUGGUGGGCACAGACAUCUCCAGCCAGAUGGUGCACUAUGCCAGCAAGCACUACCAGCGGGAGGAGCGGACCAGGUUCCAGGUCCUGGACAUUGGCUGCGAGCGGCUGCCCGAGGGGCUGAGUGGCAGAUUCGACCACGUAACCUCGUUCUACUGCCUCCAUUGGGUGCAAAACCUGAAGGGCGCCCUCGGAAACAUCUACAAUCUCCUGAAGCCUGAGGGUGGUGACUGCCUGCUGGCCUUUUUGGCCUCCAAUCCGGUGUACGAAGUCUAUAAGAUUCUUAAAACGAAUGAAAAGUGGUCGCCUUAUAUGCAGGAUGUGGAGAGUUUUAUAUCCCCGCUUCACCAUAGUCUUAAUCCUGGCGAGGAAUUCAGUCAGCUGCUAAACGAUGUGGGUUUCGUACAACACAAUGUGGAAAUACGCAACGAGGUGUUUGUUUAUGAAGGUGUCAGGACUCUGAAAGAUAAUGUUAAGGCCAUUUGUCCUUUUCUGGAGCGAAUGCCUUCAGAUUUGCACGAACAGUUCCUGGACGACUUCAUAGACAUUGUUAUAUCCAUGAAUUUGCAGCAGGGCGAGAAAAACGAGGAUCAGAAGUUCCUAUCUCCCUAUAAACUGGUGGUGGCCUAUGCUCGCAAGACUCCUGAGUUUGUGAAUAAUGUUCUCCUGGAGCCUCCGCAUCAAAACUUGCUUAAGGGAAUAAAUUAAUGUUGUUAAUUACAGUAAUUACUUUUGUUUACAGAGUCUAUUAAUGCCAAAUAAUGUACUUAACCUAAUAUUUAAAAUAUACAAAGUUCCUACGAUGGAUAAGGAUGCAUCUUAAAUGAAAUAAUAUUUUAAAUUAGU